GUAGGUGCAAGGUCACCUUCAAGUACACACACCUCCGAACUGUCAAACGGAUCAGUGAGAGUUUACUUGUUCUCAGAGACACAGUGAGGCUUCGUAAUAUCUGUUGGUCGUUGGUGUAUUACAUUGGUAAAAAAGAAAGAAAAGAUGACGUCACUUAAGGAGCAAUUGCUGAAGGAAAUAACCGAACCAGUUUCGACUGGUAAGAAUAAAAUUACGAUCGUUGGAGUUGGUCAAGUCGGCAUGGCAUGUGCCUUUAGUAUACUAACAAGUCACGUUUCGAACGACGUUGUUCUCGUUGACGUGAUGGAGGACAAGCUCAAAGGCGAAAUGAUGGAUCUUCAACACGGUACUGCGUUCCUGAAAAAUGCACGUAUCAACGCAAGCACGGAUUACUCUGCCACAGCAAAUUCAUGCAUGUGUGUUGUGACUGCCGGUGCACGUCAACGCGAGGGCGAGACUCGUCUGGAUUUAGUUCAACGAAACACGGACAUCUUCAAAGGCAUCAUACCUCAACUUGUCAAGUACAGUCCUAAUACGAUCCUUCUGAUCGUAUCCAAUCCAGUAGACAUCCUGACCUACGUCGCAUGGAAGUUAUCUGGUUUACCAAAAAAUCGCGUUAUCGGAAGUGGCACGAAUCUCGAUUCGGCUCGAUUCCGUUUUCUUUUGUCUCAGAAACUGCAAGUUGCGCCAACCUCUUGUCAUGGUUGGAUUAUCGGCGAGCACGGAGAUACCAGUGUACCUGUAUGGUCUGGAGUGAACGUUGCUGGUGUCAGAUUGCGCGAUCUGAAUGAAAACGUCGGUACUGAUAAGGAUGAGGAGCGUUGGGAUGAUUUGCACAAGCAAGUUGUACAGAGUGCUUACGAGGUUAUUCGACUCAAAGGCUAUACUUCUUGGGCUAUUGGCCUGAGUAUCUCUAACCUCGCUUCUACUAUAUUAAGAAACACUAAUCAAGUUCACGCUGUCUCUACGUUGGUUACCGGACUUCACGAUAUCACCGAAGAGGUCUUUCUGUCGGUUCCUUGUACUUUGGGUGAGGACGGAGUUACGAAUAUAGUUCGACAGAAAUUAACCGACGAGGAACGCCAACUUCUUAAAAAAUCAGCCACAACAAUGCAGGCUGUUCAGGACGGUUUGAAGUUUUAACAAAACAGUAUUAUUCUAGAUCGUUUUUUAUCUGUUUAGCAGUUUUAGCUUAACUUUGGCGGCUUACUUUCGUCCUUUGCUCUGUGGUUGAGGUUUCACAUAAGAAUCAUCAUCUCCGAUUACCUCUUAUUUUUAUACACAUUUUAUACUUAAUUUACAAAAUAUGCGUUAACAUACCAGUGACGCAGUAUCUCAGGAAACGGUGCUUAUUUAUUUCAUCUAAAGUAUUCAAAAGUGCUAUGAACGUUUUAUCCGAUUUUUCUAAUAAAUGUACGACGAGGUUUUAUAAAAUUGUAAUUAUUUAUGUAUUAUCGAGAAUCAAUCUUGAAUGAUAAGGAGUAGUACCGACUUCUUAUUACUAUAAGUACAUCAUAACGAAAAAAAAUAUAUAUCUAAAAUACGUCAA